ACCUUCAUUCCAUGUUUGAUCUCUAAUCUGCACAUUUUAACCACAAAAUAGCCCGUUUUAUUAUUAUUACUACUACUACUACUAUUAUUAUUAUUAUUAUUAUUCAUCCAGCAAACUGCACUCUGUUUCAGCAUGGACUGGACAGAUGAUUGGGUGGCAAAGGUCACUUUGUUGCCAUGACAACAACUCAGGUCAAGUGUUUUACAUGAUUGGAAAGAUGUGUAAACAGUGUGGGGGAUUGGAAUAUUAUUGCUGAAGGAAAAAAUAGCGAAAUCUGAAGCAGUGGUUGGUGAAAGGAAGGUUCAUUUGAACACUGCCAUUCAUUCAUUCAUCUUCAGUGGGAGCGUUAUCCUGGUCCGGAUCCGGAGCCUAUCCCGAGAUCACUGGGUGAGAUGUGGGAAUACAUCGCAAGGCAUCAUGUACACACUCAUUCACACCUAGGGCCAAUUCUAGUGUAGAAAGUCCACCGGCUGUAAAGUUUUUGGGAGGAAACUGAAGAACCCAGAAGAAACUCUACACAGAAAGGAACCCAAGCUCAGGAUCAAACAACACUCCCUGGAGCUGUAAGGUGGCAACACUAUCCAUGGUACCACCAUCCUGCGUGGUACCUUUCUCUUUUGUACCUUUAACAUCUACCUUUUACCUGGAAAUGUGCACACAGAGUACCUUUAAAAAGAACCAGUCCACUUGCUGUAAUGUUUUUGGGAGGAAACUGAAGAACCCAGAAGAAACUCUACACAGAAAGGAACGCAAGCUCAGGAUCAAACCGCACUCCCUGGAGCUGUGAGGUGGCAACACUAUCCAUGGUACCUUUCACCUGGAAAUGGUACACUGCAUGCGCAUUUCGAGAUAAAAUAGACAUACAAAAGGUAGAAACGGGGUCCGCUUGAGAGUACCAGUCCAGGGACAAGGAAUGGAAUGGUACCCCUUGUUUUUUUGUUUUUGUUUUUGUAUUUUUUUUACCUCCCCCCCCCCUUGCUCUUUUAACUUGAUCUACCCCUUUAAACAAAUCUAAUAUGUGGGUUGAAUCCUGAACAGCUGCGUUUCUGGACAUGUGGUAUGUAAGGUGUAGGCACCACUAAUACACACCUGAUGAAGUGCACUCAUAUAGGCAGUAGGGAGUGAUUUGGGAUUCAACCCGUGGUCUGGUUCACUAUCACUAAAGGACGAAGGAGGGAUGGUGUUUGGGGAAAUGUGAUCAUCCUUGGGCAUUGUUGCAUUCAGUCCAACAUUCCGGGCAUUUUGAGGUGAUAAAGCAGCAGCAAUGCGCAAAGAGAUGCUGAUUAGGAAAUGAUGCUCGGCGCCAUGCGGUUGGUACCGGCGGACUGCGGAGGCCGCUUCUGCGCAUGCGCGAGUGUCGUGUACGCCUUCGCCUGUGUGUGCGUGUGCGUGUUUGUGUGUGUGUGUGUGUGUGUGUGUAUUGCGACCUGUGUGUUAUUGCUGCUGAUGCGAGUUGCUAUCAAUCCUUAGUGGACAACGACAGGACUAUUUUUUUUUUUCAAACAAAAAAAAUACAUUUCGCCCUCGGAUAUGGACGCACAUAGACUUUUUUAAAGGAUUUGUCUGGAAACGUUGUGGAAUUUCUAACGAAAAGGGUUUUCAUAUCCGAAUGAAGGAAUAACGGAAUUUUGUUCGACAUUUAAACAAGCUAACCGGAGCUAACACCAGCACAGGUGGAUUAAUCCGCGCUCUUCUCCUCGCGCAUCUGGCCUUGAGGAAAAUAAAACAUCUGCCGACUCGUUAUUAUUAUUAAACAAACAAAAAGACGAUUUAUAUUUUUUUAUUUAGGCCACUAAAUUCCUCGAGGGUCCGCGUUUCCAGUGUUUUCCUUCUCGUUUUUCUUGUCAGUCAGGGAGGAAGGGAUGCUGUUAGCUAGCCUACUCAGCUAACCGGCUAGCCUUCACAGCGUUAGCACUUUAAAUCCCUGAAUCUCGCUAAUUUACAGAUUUGUGGUUCACACAAAGCUGUAGAUAAGCGCAUAAAUCCGGCUAAUAUUUCAUAUUAAUGCAUAAUAUGAGAUAUUACAGAGUAGAAAUCGAAAGAGAAGUGAUUUUUAGGCCAAUUGAUAGAAGCUAGAAGCUAUUCUGAGUGGGAAUGUGCUGUAAUGUAAUGGUGGGUCAACACCAUGAAGCAGACCUAAAUAGUAUGAAAAUUCAUAUUAUUUAGGUCUUAACAUGCCAUUCAAGCCUAUUAUCAGCAGUUUUAUCUCAUCUUUUUUCUCCUAGGUGGUCCUAGCCAGCUGUGAGAACAAGCAGCUGUAAGAUUUGCAAGAACUUGUGGUAUUACAUGGUUGUAACAGUUAUGUAAUUGAUUAUUUCCAGUUAAAUUUGAGCAGAUACUAAAUAUAUAUAGAUUACACUACAUUUAGUCUAGACCAUUGGCAUGUUCCUUUAAAUUUUGCCACAAACUUACAUUUCUUUUAUUAACUGAUACUGAACAUUUUGCUUUUCAUUCACAUAGUCACUCAGGUGAUAACUAACCACAGGUAAACACUAAAUAUGUUCUUAAAAUACAAUUCUUUCAUUUCAAUAUUACAUCAUGGUACUAUAACAAGGUGCAUUUCUAUUUAUUCCAAAACAGGUAGGUCUAUGUAAUCAUAUUUUAUAAAUUUUAGACUGCAUUGUGGAUCAGGGCACUUUAAUAAAGCUAGAAUAAAAAAAAAAGUAAUAAAAGGAUUAGGUGUAGAUUGUGUGUAAACACGAAAUGUUGCCAAAAACGCUUCUGCUUUUCAACCAGAACAGCCUUUAACGUUGGAAUAAAUUAACUCGAGCUAAAAAAUGGUGAUACUGUAGGGAAACAAACACAGUCGCUAUCUUGAAGUUAAACCGAGGCAGUUAAUUAUUUAUCCUCAAGUACACAGCUGCGCAUGGAUCUCAGCAAUGUUACUGCUGUUGGCACUUUGGCUAAAAGUGGACGCGAAUUAACUUGGAAUUCCAAACGUUAUUACUUGGUGGAGUUUUAAUAAAAGGAGAGACCUCCUGGAGUGUUUCAACAUCACAGGAGAGAAACGGCGCUCCUAAAUGGAGCAGGUUCUCUCCAGUCCGCGAGGUCAUUCCGACUGGGAAUCUGACCAGAAUUCUCUCGGAUUUCUUCUUUUGGAUAAUGACGACGUCGCUGCUGACAGCGGCCAUGAAAAUCCAGAGAGACAUCAGAGGGGAGAGCCUGGUAUUGUCUCUCUAAGCUUUGAUGAGAUAUUUCAGGACAGCUCUUUGAAUCUAGAUGAAUUAUUUCGGGCAUCCCGGUAUUCUGGAUUAGAUCAGGCAUAUCCAUGGGAGCAUAGUUCGGACUGUGUCAGUCCGUCAUGGGAUAAACAGCAGUCCUUGCCACAGAAACUGCCUGAAGGGGACUGCUGUGAAACACCACACGAUGUGGUCACAGCGGAUCUCAUCACUUUUAAUUCCAAUGCACCCAGUCCCACACACACUUGCACAUCUAUGCAGGCUGUGGACAUUUUGCAAUCCAUUGGAACGGUCGACACUGAUUGCCCUUUAGAUGGCCUCAUAGGCCAACUUCCUCUGGAUCCCGUGCUGGGCCAGACACUCUCUCAAACCCUGCCUGCUCAGAGGACUAGUGUAGUUGAGGAGAGUUUAGGCUCACAUCGGACAAAAGAUUUGACCUCCUCACAAUCUACACUUGAGGAAAUGUGUUCAAAUUUGCUGGUUCUUGCUGAGGAAAGCUCAAGUAGGACUGCAUCCUGUAAUUUUGAGACUUCACUUGAGGCUUUAAGCCCUUUGCCCUUCAUCUACGAUUUGUCUUCCUCACCCCCCUGUUCGGUUUCCCACCCUGAUGCCUCAGAUGAACUCUUACCAACCUUGUUUUUGGAGUCACCUGUUCAGCCAUGUGAUGGCAGCCAUGCUAUCCUCCAGACAGAUGAGACUACAAUUGCAGGAUUGUCUUCAGAACAGGAGAGCAAUAUACCUUCAAUUAGUAACACGAUAUGUGAUGAUGCAUCUGAGGUCCGGUCCAUGCCACAGUCACCUGCGGGUCCAUUAGCAUCGAGCAAAUCAUCUGUACAUGAAAGAACAUUAGCUGAAUCAGAUUCAGAGGCCGAACCUGGGACGCUAAUAGCGUCAAUAGUGACUGAUGGUCCACUUGAGAGCGGUGAAUGUGCUUGUGAGGAUGAGAUGACUGUAGAAAUGGAAGAUGUAGUGGAGAGAGACAUCCCACUAAAUGACCCUGUGAUACAGGAACUUGAAUCACCUACAUUCAUACCUGUGCAAACGGCUCCAGUGGAGUCCAAAUCAACCUAUCUGGUCUCACUUUCUCCCCAGAUUGACUUCUCAACAGAGUACAGUAAUGAUGAGCUUUGUGUAAAUACACAUGGGUCUGAGAUUGACCCUGCAUCUGAAGAAUCAUGUGACUUGAACAAAAACUCAAACCUUUCUGUGACAUGUGACUCAAAUUCUGGUGACAUCCAUAACCCAAAACCACUUGCCUCUGAGAAAGAGAUUAUUGUUGAUACCUUUCCUGCCUUGGAGAAAGAACUGCCUCCCAUUUCUCCUUCAAUUUGUCUUACCCUUGAGGCAAAUGCAGAGACUGACACAAUCUCACUUGACUCUGAAUCUCAAACACACACCUCAUUAGAAAUAGAAAGUAAACACAAUCCUUCAGAGAGCGACACAGGCAAAGAACAGACAAUCAACAUGCCCAAUGUGGACAUAUUAGACACGCAUACACUUGCUGCUGUGGAUGCACACCUCCUUUUGCACGUUCAGGAGGUGGCGUCUGUUCACACGUCAGUGAAUGGUACACCUCAACACUGCCAGGAUCCGAAUGCCUGUACAGCUGAGAUUAACCAGCAACCAAACACACAGGAUGAAUCGGAGAGCCUCUGCUUUGGUGGCCAUAAUUAUACACCUGAAAAAUAUUUAACUCCAAAGGACAUUCAUGUAACAUCUGAUGAUCUUCAGGACCCACACCCACUGACUGAGCCAUCUGAUGGCAGUGCGAAUACACACACAUCAGACUCAACACCUGUCUCCAAGGAAAACACACUUGCCCCAACAUUACCUGCUCCAGGAAGCCCAAAAGCUGAAGUUGUUUGUGUGCACGAGGGUGAAAGAGAAGGCAGGGAUAGUGAACUGGAUGAUGUAACCCAUGUCUCUGAGAGUGUUCUUGGCCCUUUAGACUCCACCCUCCUCUCAGGUGCAGAUAGUCCACUCAGCCAAGUGGGCAUGGCCAUGGAACAGGAAAGGGGAGAGGCUACAGCAAGACUCGGUCAGUCAGCUGAUGCGAGGGUAGACGGGGAAACUGAUCUACCUGACCAACUUACACAAGCAGACCUGUCUCAGGUGGCAGAGCCAAAGGUAAACUUGCUCAGAGAUGAGUCUCCCAGCGGAGUUUGUCCGCUAAAAGAAGUAUGUCCACCUCUGAUGGAGGACAACGUUGUUGUUCCUGACGGUCCCAACAAUGCCGAAAUGGCUCUGGAGUUAUGUGUGAGCUCAGAUGUGAUCCAGGAUGGGAGUGCAGGUGCCUGUGCGCUUACAGCAGCCAAUCCUCAGGAUGAGGAACACUCGGCCCUGCGAGCAGUUUUCCAAGCUCUCGAUCAGGAUGGAGAUGGAUUUGUCCGAAUUGAGGAGUUUAUGGAGUUCGCCACGGCGUACGGAGUGGAACAGGUGAAGGACCUGACACGCUUCCUCGACCCGAGCGGCCUGGGAGUCAUCAGCUUCGAGGAUUUCCACAGAGGCAUCACAGCCAUCAGCAACGGAGGAUCUGACCCAGAUCUCUACAAGCUACAGCUAACUUCAGGGGAUGCCAACGGAGCAGCCGAGGAAUAUGAUGAGCAGGCGGAGGUGUCGGACAGCGCGUACCUGGGCUCGGAGAGCGCAUACAGUGAGUGUGAGACGUUUACAGACGAGGACACGGGAGCCCUCGUACACCCUGAACUGCACGAGGAUGUCGAGACGGACAGUGGCAUCGAAAACACGCUCACCGAGAGCGAGGACCGCAACAGGUUCUCCCUAGGCUCGGAUUUGCAUGGCCACGCCCUGGUAGCAGUGAUUGGCGGGGAGGAAGAGCACUUUGAAGACUUCGGGGAGAACAACUCCACCUCCGAUCUUUUGCUGGCCGAUCAGGAGGAGGGGAGGGCAGCCCCUGAAGGAGAGGGAGACCCAGAGCCACACCCACACAUUGGCAGCCCAGUGCGCCGCCCACCCAUGCUGCUGUCACCCAGCUCUGAGCCUUUCCCCUCCAGCUUCCAGAAUUUCCUGCAGUCGGAAUCUCUGGAGUUUUUCUGCACUCACUGUCACAAACAGAUCAGCCGCCUUGAGGAUCUCUCCACACGCCUGCACUUACUAGAAAUGAAUAGCUCCAGCAAGAGACUGUCCAGUAAAAAGGCAGCAAGGCAAUUGUUACAGUCCAGUGGUCUGGAUGGUAUGAACGACCUGAGCCGCGACAUCCUGGACCUCGCUGACAGUGACAUUACAGAUAAGGUGCUACUUCUGGAACGGCGCGUGUCUGAGCUGGAGAAGGACUCGGCAGCGAGUGAGGAGCAGCAUGCCCGUCUGCGGCAGGAGAACCUGGCCCUGGUGCACCGCGCUAACGCCUUGGAGGAGCAGCUCAAAGAGCAGGAGCUGCACUCCGACGAGACCCUGAACACACUCGCACGCAAACACAGAGAGGCUCUGAGCAAACUGCAGCGUGAGAGAGAGCUGGAGAUCGAGAACCUGCAGGCCAGGCUGCAUCAGUUGGAUGAAGAGAACAGUGAGUUAAGGUCAUGCGUGCCCUGUCUGAGAGCUAACAUUGAAAGACUGGAAGAGGAGAAGAGAAAGCUCCAGGACGAAGUGGACGAUGUGACUGACAGACUGAAUGAAGAAAUGGAGUCCCGCAGAAAGAUGGCCGACAAGCUGAGCCAUGAACGCCACACCAGCCAGAAAGAAAAAGAGACCACACAAGAGCUGAUAGAGGACUUGAGGAAGCAGUUGGAAAUGCUGCAGCUAUUUAAGUUGGAGACGGAGGCUCGACGAGGCCGCUCGCCUGCCGCUGGACUGCAGGAAUACAACACACACAUGAGAGAGAACGAGCUGGAGCAGGAAAUCCGACGACUCAAGCAGGAUAACCGCAGUUUGAAGGAGCAGAAUGAUGAGUUGAACGGACAGAUCAUCAAUCUCAGCAUUCAGGGAGCCAAAAGCCUUUUCACCGAGUCUCUGUCCGAGUCGCUGGCAGCAGAGAUCAACAACGUCUCUCGUGCAGAGCUAAUGGAGGCCAUCCAGAAGCAGGAGGAGAUUAACUUCCGCCUGCAGGACUACAUCGACCGCAUCAUCGUGGCCAUCAUGGAGUCCAACCCAUCUAUACUAGAGGUCAAAUAAUCACCAUGGCGACAGACCCUGAAUACACUACGGCACUGAAGCUGAUCGACGUACACGUUAAAGAAGAUAUAGAUUUCUUAUUUAUAAAUCAGCUGCGCUUCUGCUCUCUGUCAUAAUGCAUCAUUUCAGGAAAGCGUGUGUGUGUCUGAGUGCAUGUCUUCAUUUAUACUGUAUGUUGGUUCCUGUGACUUCCCUGUUGUGUGGGAUUGAGGGGCCCAAUCCCUCAGGUGUGUGUGUCAAUAUUAUAUAUUAGAGCCGUCUUGAUUAAUUUAAAACCCACAUUUAAAUUUAAGUUAAUUGACUGUUAAUAUUAUAUUUUAAAUAUUAAUGUCAUUAAUGUCACUAAUGUCAUUCAGUAUUUUCUAUCAUGUUUCAGGUUAUAGGGUUUGUUUUUUUUUAAUCCCCAGUAAAAAAUUACACUUCUAUUUACGUUUUUGAAGCCCGUGGUUCUCAAAAUGGAGUCCAUGAUGUAUAUCUAGGGUUCCGUGAUUGCUUUUUUGAAAUCACAUGACAUCAAGGGUGCUGUGGCUAUUAUUUUGUUAUCAUAGUUGUAAACCAAAUUGACUGGUCACUUAAAAAUGAGGGAGAUUAAAAAUUAAAUCUGCGAUGUGCUGCGAUCAUACGGAGGUCCCUGGAUGCAAAAUUUUGAGAUCUUCUGUCUUAGGUUAUAUGGGAUUCGAAUAAAUACCCGCCAUCUUCUACACACCAGAAAGCUUUUGAAUCCCAAAUGGCUUCCUAUUAACUACACAUGUUCACUACAUAGGGUAGUGAGCACUGUAGACCCUAAAUAGUGCACUCGAUUCCCAAUAGAACCAAAAAAUGUCCACUCCAAUAAGCCAAUAAGUGCCUCCUGGAAAUACGACGUACAUGUACUACAAGUGGUAGUAGACAAAUUUUGUUUUAAUUUAAUUUUUUUAUUCAAAUAAUCUGGCAGCCCUAAUAUAUACACACACACAUUCAGCUGUUAUUUUGUGUUUUUUGUUUUUGUUUGACUUCAAGUUUAGCUCCACGAUCAAACCCAUGUGAGGGACACUGCGUGUCCUGAGAGGGUGUGUGUGUGUGUGUUGACGUCAUAACUUAUGAGUGUGAUGAUCUUUGAUAUCGUUAAGGUGAUAACGAGGUGUGUGUGUGUGUGUGUGUGUGUGGAUUUAGUUCAGUUUUAUUUUCCUCUUAUCUAUUUAUUACGAUGAAGCAGAAGGCUACAGGCUGAAACAGAGAAAACUCCGGAAGCUGGAAAAGUGCUGCAGAGCCGUGGAGGCGGAGCGUUGUGAUUAUAAAGGGGCGUGGCCCACGUGUGCUUUCCUGCUGAGUGAACGAAGACAACAUGCGAGGGACGUCCUGUACGAUGAAAAGGUGUUUGUUUGUUUUGAAUGACUAUAUAUAUAAAUAUAAAUAAAAAAACAUAUAUAUAUAUAUAUUUCCUUACAUUGAAGCUGAAGAAAAACGGUUGCACUCGAAAAAUUUGACGGAUCCCUCAGCUGGAAUGAUGAAAGCUUAUUUUCUGAUUAAAUUAUUUUGAACUGAUGAACCAGUGGGAGAGAUGGAGAGAGCAGAUGGACGUGAAAGACUUGAGAGAACCUGCUGAGACACGAGCACUCAUACACACUCCUCUCUCCAUCUUUGAACCCAAAAUAAUUUUCUGCAAGCUGAUUUCUCAUCCUGUUUCACUUGUUAUAGGUAUUUUAUAGAUGGAAGGAAUAGAUUGUCUUCCGCUGUCACAUGAAUUGUGUGUGUGAGUGUGUAUGAAGAUUUCAGUAGCUCAACUGGGAGCUGAUGUACAGUAUUAUACUGAAUGUAAUACCGUAUUUUCCGGACUAUAAGACACCCUUUAGCAGGUGCUGCAAUUACUACAGCAAAAAAAAAAAAAGUGCUAAAAUUUGAGCCUCCUAAUAAACCUGUUUAUUAGGGGUUUUAGGGUAGAUGUGCUACAGACUUAGUCAUUUCUGUUUUUUAUUAUUUGACAGAAAAAGUAUAUUAAUAUAGCAUAAAAAGGCGGGUACAUUAAUGUAACUUACACAAUACGUACCGUAUAUAUUGUUUUGUUUUUUCUUCAGACAAACAAAUCCGGAAAAUACGGUCAAAUGAAAGUGCUGAGAUGUGUAAAUUCCAGGAAAAUCUUUUUUGAUCAUUUUUAAAUUUUAUAACAUUUCACUUUUUUUUUUUCUUGACUAUGCUUAUUUCAACAUUUCUGUCACAUAUAAUGACAUCAAAUGGUCCAGUCCCGUGUUUCAGGUGUCUGUUCGGUGAUAUCCUGCUAUUUCUGCUUUAUUUUACACUCCAAAAAGUGAAAGCAACACCUUAUUUUCUGCGUUGUGCAAUCUAGCCGUUCAUUAGAAAUGGUCUUGAACAGUUGACUUACUUUUGCCUGUAAGAAUCCUGGAUGUGCUAACUAGUGUGUGCGUGACUCGUUCUUUCUCUCUCUCUCUCUGUCUCUCUCUCUCUCUCUCUCUCUCAUCUUAAUAUGUAUAAAGAUACUGACUGAUCUGUAUAUAUAUGCGUUCUACUUUUUGUGAAUCUGCACUCGCACACUCGAAAACGUCCAAAGCAGGAGCUGGAGCUCCACUCGUCACUUAGAAAAUCAUGAAUACUAAUUUUAGCUACGAGUAGACAUAACACGUUCUUGUUGUAAAAAUGAAGAUGAAAUCUAUUCUGAUUAUAAGGUGACAUGUAUAAAAGGAUAAACUAAGAUAUCAGUAUUGUCUUCUGCUGCAAGUUUUUUUUUCUUUCAGAGAUGGCCCGCAAGAUGUAUCUCUUAUUGUCUGAGGGUCCUGUAGAUUUUUCGAGUAAUUGUAUAAAGGUGAAAAUUAAAAUAGGAAAUGAACCUAGAUGCGAAUCAAUAAAAUGAACAUAUCUCUUA